CAGAAUUGUGCCAGCGUCCCUGGGCGUGUCUAUACAAGUUCAACCAUGUGCUGACACGGAAGUCAUCGUUGUAAACAAACCGAAUCAGCGAAAUUUUGACGUCGUCUCAAAUUCAGAUCGAGUGGACGCAGCAUUAUCAAACCAAAAUGGCAGAUGGACCUAGUGCAGCAAAGAAGGCUAAAACAGAUCUACCAAAAUGUCCAUAUGGAUCUCGAUGCUACAGGAAGAAUCCGCAGCAUUUUCUCGACUUUGAUCAUCCCAAAGAUGGGGAGAAGGACCCGAAACCUAAAUUACCUGACUCAACAUCGCUGCCCCCAUGUCAGUAUGGAGCUAAGUGCUACCGCAAGAACCUGCUUCAUUUUGCGGAGUUUUCGCAUCCGACGAGUUCUGGUGUAGCUGCUGAUGCUGGUAGCGGGAGUGACACUGAUGUAGUGGACUCUGACGAAGACGACAAGAAGCCUGCGCCAAAGAAGGAUGGGAAGGACGUGUUGAAUCGUGGGAUGUCCCUGGUGAAGAGCUUCUCCCAGAUGACCGAGGCUGAGAGGAAGGAGCUCAUCAAGAAGGCCUUCGAGGCCAAGCAGCAGCUGCAGAAGGAGCUGGAACAGACCAAGAAGAAGGUCGAGGAGAAGGAGAAGGAAGUGAAGUCACUGCAGGACCAGGUGAGCACAGGGCUUCUACUGGUGGAUGGGGAGAAGGAAGCUAUGGAGGGGGACCAGACAGUGUACUUCCCCCUGGCCGCGGAGCGCGCUUACAAGGAGGGGUCGGCAGCUCAGACUCACUUCCGACUGGCGGAGUCUCAGUUCUACAGGCUUCUCACAUCAACCUACACCACCAAUGUCCGAGUUUCAAAAGUGGAGUAUGUCGUCAACCCAACUUUGGUAAAACGUUUCAAGGAUGCUCGGCAACAUCUGAAGAAGACACGAGGGGAAGACAACUCCUACCCAGUCCUUGCCUUCCAUGGCACCGAGGAAAAGAACAUCGUCCCCAUCUGUGAGACUGGCUUCAGGGUGCCAGGUUCAGCAGGUUUCAGCCACCGGACUGACACGGGGUGGUACGGGAAAGGGGUGUACUUCAGUGAGUACCCCAGCUACUCCAUGAGCUACAUUCAGGGGGCAACCAAGCUACUGCUGUGUCAGGUGCUCCCAGGGAAGGUGUACAAAUGUACAAAGCUCAUCCAUGGAGCGUCUCUGGCGAAAGGUAAUGAUUCUCACACAUCGCCGGACGGUAAGGAACUUGUCAUCUUCAACAGCCAUCACAUAAUUCCCUGCUACAUCGUGCACUACGAAACUAGCUCUGGGGACUUCACCUACAAGAAAGCAGGCUCUUCCGGGCCUUCGACGUCCAGUGAUACAGCAGAUGAAGAUGUCACAGAGAAGUUUUCCAAAGUUUCGGGACUGAAAGCAACAAGUGUCUUCAAGGGACAGAAAAUCCUGUUUUCCGGCAGCUUCUGUGACACGCAGGCGAACAUGAACACGCUGGUCGUGAAGCAUAAAGGAGGCGUUGGUACUGUGGGCACCAUGACGCUGCUGGUGGCCAGUGAAGCCGAGUUCUGUGCCAAGAGCACAAAAGUAAAGAAGGCGGAGUUAAAGGGGGUUUCCAUUGUGAGGGAAGAGUUCUUGUACGACUGCAUCAUAAAGAAAAAAUUCCUAGACGUAGACGAUUACUGUGUUCAUUAACCAACUGAUGUAUGUCUGCUAGUACUGCCAUGUACAGGAAUUGCUUUAACGAUAUUCUGUAUUUGAAGUUAUACCUCCCAUCAUGCACUGCAGCUGGAAAUCAUACAUCUCCCAUCAUACACUGCAGCUGGGGAUCAUACAUCUCCCAUCAUACACUGCAGCUGGCGAUCAUACAUCUCCCAUCAUGCACUGCAGCUGGAAAUCAUACAUCUCCCAUCAUGCACUGCAGCUGGGGAUCAUACAUCUCCCAUCAUGCACUGCAGCUGGGGAUCAUACAUCUCCCAUCAUGCACUGCAGCUGGGGAUCAUACAUUUCCCAUCAUGCACUGCAGCUGGCGAUCAUACAUCUCCCAUCAUGCACUGCAGCUGGGGAUCAUACAUCUCCCAUCAUGCACUGCAGCUGGGGAUCAUACAUCUCCCAUCAUGCACUGCAGCUGGGGAUCAUACAUCUCCCAUCAUGCACUGCAUCUGGGGAUCAUACAUC